AUGAUGAAAUUAGAAGAAAAUCACUAUGUACGUGACGGUCAUGUUCAUGCUCAGCUCGGCAUUGCUGGUACUACUUACAAUGAAAAACACAUUAUUGAACUUGGUGGACACGAAUUCAUCGUAUAUCCGAAUGUUUUCUCACCUGCAAUGUUUCCUCUACCAGAUCAUUUAGUCAAAACGUGGCUGGAUCUCAUUCAUAUAAUAAAACCUGAAUCAGUACUCGAGAUUGGUUCUGGAGCUGGUUAUUUGGCUAUUCUUGCUGCUCUUAACGGUGCUAAUCGAGUUACGGCUACUGAUAUUACUCAAGACGCAAUAGAGAAUAUUCAAACUAAUAUCGAAAAGUACAAUUUAGGAGAUCGUAUGCAAGCAGUUUAUGGUAGCGUGUUUGAACCAUUCGAUAAAAAUGAUCGAUUCGAUGUUAUUUUUUGGGAUAUACCUUUCUGUCAUAUUGAUAAACCAAUGGAAGAACUCAGUGCACUUGAACGUACAGUUUUCAAUCCAGGCUAUAUACUUUCCGAAGCAUAUUUGAAAGGAGCUCACCAACAUUUAACCGAUAAUGGUCGUGUCUUUGUGGCUUUUUCUAAGGUGCUAGGUCAUCCAGAAAAAUUAUUAGAGUUGACUAACAAAUAUGGCUGGUGUUUGGAACUUGUAAUGAAUCUUGAGCAAGUCACAUCGAAUAUUGAAGGCAUAUACGAUAAUAAAGCUGAUAUCAACAUCUACGAAUUAAUUAGAUUAUGA